GAGAAAGCUCCUUUUAAAAUUUUGACUAAUAAACUCCCAAGAUCUUUUACUUAAUAUUUUUUUGUAUUUAUACAUUUAACCGGUUGUACAUUACCCUCACUCUAUUGUUUAUAUUGCCAAAAUUCAAACAACACAUUUCCAAGUUUAACUUCUUGGGAAGAAUAUCAAGUAUCGAUUUCUCUUUUCAUUUUAUUUUAUUUAUUACUGUUUCUAACAGCGUUUCUCUCAAGGAGGAUUUGGACUUCUGUUUUUCAGUAUUUUUGACAGAUUGUAACCUGUUGUCUCUAAGUAACAUACCCAUUAGCACAAUGAGACCAAUGAAGAACCUGAGAAGACCCAUCAUCCUCCAGAAUUUUUUUAUUUUUUAAUUUUGGUAAAUUUAAUAAUGGCCGAUCCAUCUAAAAAUCCUAUUGCUGAUUUGAGCGAAACUCAACAGCUUGAACUCUCCAAAUUUAUUGAAACUGAACAGCAAAAGGUGAAGUUGCAGCAAGCAAUUCAUCAGUUCACUGCUACUUGCUGGCCUAAAUGUGUCGGCACUAUCGGAAAUAAGUUUGACAAGAGCGAAGAGCAAUGCUUGCAGAAUUGUGUGGAAAGAUUCUUGGACUGCAACUUUCACAUCAUUAAGAGUCUUGAAUCAACCAGGAAGUAGACAAAGUUUUGGAUGCUAAUGAAUAAAAAUGUCAUUUUCAUAAAUCGCGAAGCAACUGAAUAAAAAGAAUAUAUCUCAUGAUAAUCGUUAGUAUUGCAAUCAAUCAGACUAGAAGGAAAAGAUCUUAGUAGUAGGUAACGUAUGGAUUAAAAUGAAAUGCUACACAGAGUAAUUUCCGCUCAUAAAGACUGUUAACCAUAUUCAGCUAUUUUCAGGAUGAGAUGAAUUUGUGGGAUUCAAUGGGGAUGGUGUGUUACUAACACCCAGAGUAGUUGACGAUAGAGAGCGAUCACUAGUUCUUGAAAGAUCGGUAUUCUGUUGGGGAAUAUUUUGCACUGAUUCUGACGCCGGGUUGGACGGAGCAUUUUCACCAGUUGGGAUAUUCGAAGGCUGGGGAAAACGAACUUGAAAGAUGCACAUAGGGAGAUUCGGACAUUGAGCAAUCACUUGUACUGGAUACCCAAAAGCAUGCAUAACUCCUCGAAUGAAUCCGCUAGGGAAAUAGAGGUACUGCACAUUAUAAUUAGCUUCUUUGUAUUCAAUAACUAAAGAUUAGAUUGAAAGAGCUUACAGGAGUCGUAUAUUCUUUCAUUUCUGUUCCAGUGGCAGCUGUCAUUUUGGAAAACCAAAAAAAGUAGUUGUCCGUAACCACAAAAGUUCCCUAAUUCACAGUUAGAAUAUAGCUUAAAUUAUGACAAUACGAAGUGGAUACCUUCCGAUUCGUCUUUAAAUUAUCCAACUGUUUACGAAACACAAUGGGCCAUAAUUCUCGACAUAGGAAUCGCAUAACGUCUAUGCUCUCGGUAAUCCUAUUCCUAGUCAAUAAUAGCCUAAAAUAUAGGAUGUUAGAGUCUGUCCUCGUUUAAUUAGCAGCAAGAAAGCACUGCCUCUAUUGCUGCUGAAGAGGGCAAACCCAAAACAAUCCCAAACUAGUUAGCACUUAUGAAGAAUAAAUAAGAAAUUUGUUUUAUUAGAGUGUCCAAUCUCCAUUAAAAGGAGUGAAGCCUGACCGAUGUACCGAUCACAUUCAACCCUCUUCCUUUCAAUUCUAAUAACUGCAGUCCAAAUUUACCUUUCAGAAAGUUUUCUACCUACUUGAAAACCAAUGUUUUCGAGAAAAUUAUGGCCCUUUUCCAUUCGCUCAUCAUUUGAAACCGCCGUUUCUUGUUGUUCAGACAAACGUCUCGCCAGAUGAACCAUUUCAAUUAAUAAAAAAUCAAAUGAAGCCAAGUUUACGGACAUUGGCAACUGUUGAUGAACUAUCAUCUCGUUUUUUCAAUACUUCUACUGAAGCUUUAGGAGUAGGUGUUUUACCAUGCUCAUUACCUUGCUACUACAAUAAGCGUUUUGAACGUUUGUAUUAAAUCCCACAAGAGUUUCUAUUUUAUUUCUAUCACGACAAUUCUUUUAUAAUAAUUAUCUUUGUUUCAGAAUACAUGUCAGUACAAUAACAAUAUUCCCGUUUUUCUUAA